GCGACGCCGGCCGUAUCGCUGUGGAAUGACGCCGGAGCCGGUUCUGCGACGAUAACUUCGCGGGAAGUUCGGCGAGUUUUUCCGGUGGUUUUGCUGGUGGAGAUGUGAGACUAAUUUGUUGUUGAUUCUCCGUAAGAAAAUAAUCGGUGCUGAUGCGGGGUGUUUUCGAUAUGAUCCUGCUACUUGUCUACGCUGUUUUACUGAUAGUUAAUUACUCAGGCGCCCAGGAAAGCGUCGGUUCGAAGAAAUUCCGGGAGUUUUUGCAGGAGUGGCCGACGCCCGGCACUGGUCCCUACUUCGACACCUCUAUAAAUUCGAAUGUCACCGGUCUGGUGGGCAAGACCGUCAUGCUCCACUGUCGAGUGAAAAACUUGGGCAACCGGACGGUGUCGUGGGUUAGACACAGAGAUAUCCACUUGUUAACAGUGGGUCGAUACACUUACACAUCAGAUCAAAGAUUCGAGGCAGUUCACACUCCUCACACCGAAGAAUGGACAUUGAAGAUCAAGUAUCCACAGAAGAAGGACACUGGUAUUUACGAAUGUCAAAUAAGCACCACUCCUCCCAUCGGGCAAUUCGUUUACCUUACCAUCGUUGAACCCAUCACGAAGAUCCUCGGCGGCUCGGAGCUGUUCAUCAACAUGGGCUCCACCAUCAACCUGACCUGCAUCAUGCAAUUCGCGCCGGAGCCGCCGCCCAACAUCGUCUGGUCGCAGAACGCCAAGGUGAUCAACUUCGAUUCGCCGCGCGGCGGGAUCAGCCUCGUCACCGAGAAGGGCUCCAUCACCACCAGCCGUUUGCUCAUCCAGAAAGCCGGCCAGAGCGACUCCGGGCUCUACACUUGCGCGCCGUCCAACGCCAAUUCCGCCAGCGUUCGUGUGCACAUCUUGAACGGAGAACAUCCUGCAGCGAUGCACCACGGACAUGGUUCUUUAACGAGUUUAUCGCACUUCACAUUCCUGUUUAGUCUCGUUUUAUUAAUAAUCCUGCGAUCUCCGACGUAGCAGCACGUCGCUAUCUCAUAGGGUAAUUCACUUGUAAAGGAUAAUAUAUUGUGAUUUUGUUAUAAGGUUUUUUAUAUUGCAUUAUCGACAUAUUUAUUGGUAAAAAUUGCGGGGAAAUUAUCCCUCGAUUUUUCGAUUCCGAUUUGUGUAAAUAAAAUAUUUAUGCAAUUUUAAAGGGGCCACUAAAGGAUAUGUCGUCGAAAUUUCCUCGUACCAAACGCUUUAUUAUUGUAAAAAGGAUGCCAUUAAUUAAACGGAUAUACUCGAGAAAACGAGUAAGAAAAUCCAUCAGAUUUAAUACCCAGUUAAUUUGUAACGGAUCCGAGCGAUUACCUCUCUUAUUCGAAAGUAAUUAUGCUUACUAAAUUGGAACCAUCAAUUACAUCGUUUGUGUUCGGUUUGUCAUGGGGGUGUCAUAUCGCUAUUAUGUUUCCUGAUAAAUGGUUCGAUUCCAAAAUGGAUGUGUUCGGAAAACAAAAAUAAACAUUCUAAGCCUUUAUCUCGCAUAAACCAACCCUUUUUUACCGAAUUUCGACCAGCGCAAUUUCCGUUAGAAACAUUUAUGCAUACUAAUAACAAAGUUCCCGAAUCACCAACACUAAGAGAAGAAUUUUUCAUUCAGCAUUUUUCUGCAUUUAGUAAUUCAAUCUGCCAUUUUGUACACAUUCGAAACAUCAAAAGAACAACCGGGCGCGAAACUCCGGAGUUUAAUCUACUAAUGAAUAAAAAAAAAACUCCAAUCAGUAAAUCAUUUUCCGUCAAAGAUUUUAAUUCGAUUUCCAUCGGUUAAAUACCUUCGAUCGGGCUCGCUUUCGCAGGAAGGGCUCGAAAGGUUCUUAAUUUUCGAGCGGAGCGAUAAGUGAAUUCGAAUUCGAUCCAUUAGUCAUCGGAUUUCCAGAUGCAUUUUCUUCGCGGGUGAUUUAGAGGUGCUCUGUAGGAUAAUUUUAAUGGCGUACUUUCGACGAAUAUCCUUUCUGUGAACGAUGGUAAUUAUACGAAACAGAAAUCAGAUAAAUUGUUGCGACAAAAUAUUUGUACAUAUCAAUAAAUAAGCGUGAAAAUGUGUAAGCAACGAUUUUUUUUUCUCUUUGUACAUAAUGUGGAAAAUUCUAAUUACAUUUUAAGGGCGGUUACUAAAAGUUUUGUACAUAUUUGAAUAUAGAUGUUUUAGUGUCGAAUAAAUAUUAUCAUUUGA